GGCGUCGCGAGGCUUGGUGCGGGUGCCGGGGGCGAGGGGCGGAGCUGGGAGAUGGCGUCCGGAGCGGCUCGCUGGCUGGCUUUGGCCUCGUCUGUCCGAUCCGGGGUUCUCCGGAGCGGGCUGAGCUGGAAGCAAGGUGGUGAUGUCCCCGUCGUCCAGGGCAGGGCAGGUCCGAACCUGGUACCGUCUAGGUCAGUCAUCGUUACCCGCAGCGGCGCCAUUUUGCCCAAACCUGUGAAAAUGUCCUUUGGUCUUCUACGUGUGUUCUCCAUUGUGAUCCCCUUUCUCUAUGUCGGGACCCUCAUAAGCAAGAACUUUGCUGCUCUACUUGAGGAACAUGACAUUUUUGUCCCAGAGGAUGAUGACGAUGAUGACUAACAGGGCGUGGAGGAAGUAGAGAGAGGAGAAAGCACUGCUGAAGAAAUGGCGACGCUGUUGGCCCCUCCUCCUUCCCUAUCAACUCAGGGCUCGGGAAAGACCUCAGCUUUGCCUCCUGCGUGGUCCGGAACCACAGCCCGGUCCUUGAGGUCCUAGGAGAGGUUCCCUGAGAUAUGUCCACCACACAACACAAAAAACACUAGUCAGACUGUGAGUAAUAUAAUAAACAUCAGCUGUGUGUGACUC